AUGGAAGAAAGGCGACUUCAAUCGGUUCGUUUCUAUACGGAGAUGACUUUUCUGACUAUAAUACUGUUCUUUGUGAGUGUUGCGUUAUCACUACCGGUUUUGGUUAUUUGUAAGCAUCAGAAAACCAAGCAGAUCUACAAGCCAGGACAUAUCCCUGAGUUUGAGAAUCCCGAAAACGAAGAGACAGAUACCUAUUACGGUUUGAAUAGCUCGAGACUAUUCCCAGAUCGCGAAAAGGGGCGAGUGAACAAAUCUGCAGCGUUGGACGAGAAGAAUACUGCGUUAUCACUACCGGUUUUGGUUAUUUGUAAGCAUCAAAAAACCAAACAGAUCUACAAGCCAGGACAUAUCCCUGAAUUUGAGAAUCCCGAAAACGAAGAGACAGAUACCUACUACGGUUUGAACAGUUCGAGACUAUUCCCAGAUCGCGAAAAGGGACGAGUGAACAAAUCUUCAGCGUUGGAUGAGAAGAAGUCUGAAGGUAUUAAUGUGGGAGUUGAAGGAAUAGGUGUAAGCGAUACGCAACCCACAAAAGAUCAAAGUUAUAAAUAA